AUUUGUGUUAGAUUUAUAAGCGAAAAAAGAAAUAAUGUCUUCAAUAUUUUGUUAUCCAAGUUGAACUUCACAAACAUUCUGUUCAUUAAUCAAAAGUUUGGCGCAGCGUCCCAUCGUCGCGCCGCCAUCUCUACUAUAUAUAUCUAACUAUAGCAUCAAUAAAAUAUGAAUAGGUACGCUCGUUAGAAGUGUGGGUCUCGAUUAAUACUCCUACGUACGAUGGCAACAUCGGCCUUUGAAGGUCAAUAUUUGACAAAUGGCCGUGCAAGACAAUCUGUCACUUUCUUUUCGAAGGAAUAAACAUUGCGAGCCGUUUAUAUUUUUAUAUUAAAAAACAAUGGAAGAAAUAUGUAGAUUAUGCUGCUCUACAAAAUUCGUAAACAAUCAUUUAUUUGACGAAGAGAACGCUUUGUACUUAAAAAUGUCUCUUUUCUUGCCGAUUAAGGUGGUGCGGAGCGACCGGCUGCCGCAGCGCGUGUGCGACCGCUGCAGCUGCAGGGUCAACGACCUGUACCAGUUCUGCAAUGAAACCAUCGAGGUGCAGCAUAGGCUACGCGCCAUCUUGCAAUCGUCUGGUCUACCGGUGGACGACAUCGACCUGACGCUCGUCAAGGACAGCUCUCGCUGCGAGGCGUCCACGCAGACCGAGCCCCUUCCCCCGCCGCCGCAGAUACCCCCCAAUCCCCCUGUCAAACAGGAGCCAGAGCUGGAACCGCAAGUGAAGGUGGAAGCAGACGAGCACUUGUACGAGGACGGCGCCUGCGUGCCCUCGGACAACAGCGACGACCUGUCGCUGGUCAACCUGAAGAAGAAGAAGAAGGUCAAGCAGGAGCUGCACGGCGCAGAGAAACGGGGGCGGAAACGGAAGAAACAACUGAAGGAGUGGAACCUGCUGAUGGGUCAGCUGCCGCCCGAGCUGUCCCUGGAGCCGGUGGUGGUGAAACAGGAGCCGGGGGACAUAGCGGGGGAGGUGCUGGUCAAGCGUGAGCCGGGCGACGACAAGUUCGACUGCUGCAUCUGCUUCGCGCAGUGCUGCAGCCGCGGGGAGAUGCUGCAGCACUACAGUGCUGCAGUCGCGGGGAGAUGCUGCAGCAUUACAGGUGCGUUACUAUAUGAUCUCACCCGGGAGUGGAACCUGCUGGUGGGCCAGCAGCCACCCGAGCUGUCCCUGGAGCCGGUGGUGGUGAAACAGGAGCCGGGGGACGUACUGGUCAAGCGUGAGCCGGGCGACGACAAGUUCGACUGCUGCAUCUGCUUCGCGCAGUGCUGCAGCCUGGAACCACCCGAGCUGUCCCUGGAGCCGGUGGUGGUGAAACAGGAGCCGGGGGACAUAGCGGGGGACGUGCUGGUCAAGCGCGAGCCGGGCGACGACAAGUUCGACUGCUGCAUCUGCUUCGCGCAGUGCUGCAGUCGCGGGGAGAUGCUGCAGCACUACAGGCAGCACGGCGCGGCGGCGGCGCGCGAGGCGGCGCCGGCGCCGGCGGCCCCGGCGGCGCCCCAGCCCGGCGGCGGCCCGCUGCGCUGCCCGAGGUGCUCCAAGAUAAUGGAGGCGGACGCUUGGGCGGCACACUGGCUGCGGCACUGGGAGAGAGACCGCCGACCUUAUCGCUGUGCAAGAUGUGAGAAGACCUUCCGCGAUCAUCACCAGAUACUGAAACAUGGACUGACGCACAAGGGCGAGGCGGAGGUCGCUACGCCGGGCAAGCGCUUCGUGUGCGACCUGUGUCCUGAAGGCUUCGUUUAUAUGAGGUACCUGCUGGCGCACCGCACCCGCGCGCACCCCGAGGCGGCGGCGCGCGCGCUGGCGCUGCGCUGCGCCACGUGCGCGCGCGAGUUCGCGCACCUCAACUCGCUGCGGAGGCACCUGCGCGCGCACAGCGGCGAGCGGAACUUCCUCUGCUCCGUGUGCGGGAAGGCGCUCUCCUCCCGGGAGCACCUCAAGUUCCACCUGCGCAUACACGCCGGGUACAAGCCGAACGUGUGCGGGACCUGUGGCAAGGGAUUCGUGAAGAAAUGCAACUUGACUCUACACGAGCGCGUGCACUCCGGGGAGAAGCCCCACGUGUGCAGCCACUGCGGGAAGGCGUUCAGCCAGCGCUCCACGCUCGUCAUACACGAACGAUACCACAGCGGCGCGCGGCCGUACGUGUGCGCGCUGUGCGGCCGCGGGUUCGUGGCCAAGGGGCUGCUCUCCAUGCAUCUCAAGACCACCUGCAUCUAGCACCACCACUACACGCCACACGCCACACGCCA